AUGUGGUUCGUUCACCGUUACAAUCAUCGUUACCUUCAACAGUUUAACAAUGCUAAUUUAGCUACCGUAUAUCCAAACGAAACUGAUAUUCGUGUACUAUGGUGUCUUUCACUUCUCAAUGUAGCUUUUGAACAGCAAUUUCAAGAUUCAUUACUGAAGUCCGAAUUGUCUGAUGAAAAAUCUCUUCAAGUUAGUUUAACAUUAUGUUUUCUUAAAGUAACGGGUCGAAUUGUAAAUGUAUCUUCAACUCAAUUUGAACGUGUUUUAGCUCAACUUGACACGGCAGAUCAAGUUUCUCCAUUUGUACUAUGUGAUAAUAAUAAUCGAGUUGAUACAAUCGAAUGGCUCUCGUUUGCUCGCUUACAAACAGGCGAUUGGCCAGGCACAUUGUCUCUCAUAAAUGAUCUGUACAUUGCUUAUAAUCGGUCGAUGGAAGCAUCAAAUGAUUAUUUAACAUCUGCAUAUCGAUCUCUUGCACGCACUACUGGCAAUCUCUUAUAUUGGUUACCGUACAAUAUUCAAUUCGGACCAGUGGCUGUGUCUUCAUUAAUGAUAGAUAGCAUACAAGUACCUUUAAAUGAAUUUCCACAGCGUGCUUUGCAUGUUUAUGAAAUGGCAAUACUAUCAACAUCUAAUCGAGCCAUUAAUAUACUUGGCAUGGCUCGAGCUAAUGCACAACUUUCUAACACUGGUGAAGCAACAGCAUUCUAUCGAAUGCUAAUUGCUCAAAUAGAUCUUUCGAACAGUAAAGAUUCAAUAUUUUUUCACGAAGAAAUGGAUUUUAUUGAUAAAAACGAAAAAAUACGAUAUUCUGCUAGUAAUAAUCUAGUGCAAUUUACAUUCAUUUUUAUCAUCUCUCUGCGUGUAAUUUUUUAUUAA